AUGCCAGUGAAGCCGCAGUUCACGUGGGAGCAGACAGGUGAGGACGUUCUCCUGCAUAUCACCAUCAAAGCCUGCAAGAAGGACGCGAUUGAUGUGCUGAUUGCCGACGUUUUCGUGAAAGUCAAUGCACCGCCGCAGUACUUGCUGGCGAUCGACUUGCUGCACGAGAUCGAUGCCGCCAAAUCAACACAGUACUUCACCGACGCGCAGGAUGGUGUCAUUCUGCACGUCAAGCUUCACAAGGCGGAGGAGGACCUUGUCUGGGACGCUCUUAGCAUGCAUCAGUCCACCAUCGGCAAACAGGCAAUGCUGCAGCGGCGACAAGAGUCGAUGCGGAGGGCGGAGAAACGGUACCGGGAGCAGCUAGAUGCACGUGUGACGCAGCGUGAGGCGGAGAAGCGGCGUAUGCUGGAGGCCCAGUGGGAUGUGGAGAGGGCGCAGCGCACGCAGAUCGAGCAGCGGGCGAAAGCGGAGAAGGACGCCGCUGAGACUGAGCUAUACGCGUGGGAGGACAGCCACGCGACUCCAGUAGUGGGCGUAGCUUCCGAUUCGCCGUUGCCGCCUAAGAGCAGCACCCCUGCGGGUCCUUCGCCGUAUUCGGCGGAUAUCUUCGCUGCUGCUGCUGUUGCUUCAUCAUUACCACCGCUGUCGAUGCCUCAGGCUGCUUCUCUUGUGACGCCCGCGUCGUCCUCGUCGGCCGUCACGCCACCGACGAUCCGGCAGGUGGACACCGUCAACGUCACCAUCGACUUCACGCCAAAGACCUUUGCGAUGCCGACGCGCUCCCGCGGGGAUGAAGAGUACUACCGGCAAAGUCGCUACAAGCCGGUCUCGAUUGAGGACACGCCAAUGUUCUGGAAGGAAAGGGCAGACAAGUGCUACCGAGCGCAGCAGUGGAAGGCGGCCGCGAACGCGUACUCGGAGUCGAUUAAGCGUGAUGGCGCCUUCUUGACCUGCGUGAUGAACCGGUCCGCGUGCUACCUGCAGCUGGCAGACUACAAGAGGGCUAUCGAGGACUGUUCGCUAGCGCUGACAAUGCUGGCCAACACACCGGCGAGCGAGGUGACACAGGAGCGGUACCGAGGGCUCAUGAUGAAGCUUCACUCCCGCCGCGGCGCCGCCUAUUGCUGGGCAGAUGACCUCAAGAGCGGCGUGGCGGAUCUGCGCAUGGCCGCCGCCUAUCGAGACCUGGCAAGUGACGAUGAUGUAGCGGCCGACUUGGCAAUGGCUGAGGCUCAGAUGAAGGAGCGCGGCAUCACCGUGGACGACGCGCGAGCUGAUCCUCUCGCCACGCGGAUGCAGGAGGCGGCGGCGCAGUAUUACCAGGGCUCCUACGAGGCUGCCGAGGCCACCUAUAGUGCCAUCCUCAAGGAAGAUCCGUUUCACAUGAAGGCACAGGGAAAUCUCGCAGCGGCGAUGCUGCGUGCGGGUAAAUUCAAGCAGGCUCUGAAGGUUUGCGAUGACAUCGUGCAGUUCUGUGGCGAAGUGGCUGCUGCGCUGGAGCAGCCCGGCGGCCUCGCGGCUGAUCAGCUCGACAGCGACGAUGAGGAGGACGAGGACGAGCCUGACUGGGCAGCGUCGAAGACAGUCACUGCGACGGAGGAAGCGGAGAGGGCAAGCAACAGUGAUAACCUUAUCCGUCAGCGCCGCGCCGCGGCAAAGAAGUUGGGCGAGCAGAGCGGCCACGUCUACAUGCUUCUCAAGGCUUACGUGCGCAUCGCAGCUGCUCUGUGUGGGAUGAAGGAGUACCACAAGGCUCACGGCUAUCUGGAGCGAGCGCUGCGCAUUACGCCGUACGACAACGACUUGCGUGAUGACUGUAACCGAUUAGCUGAGAAGAUUCGGAUGGACACGCUCGUCGCCGUGUCUUCUGGCUCCGCACAGGCGCAGAGGGCAGCUGCUUAA